AUGGUUAUCAAGAACAGCUCCAUGACUGGGAGUUGGUCGUUUGAUACGCACAUGGGCAAGUUCAAGUGGAAGGUCAAUCAAUACACAGGAACAGGCUUUGAGCUGUAUGAUCGGCAAGGGAAUAAAAUUGCAAAGUACGGAAAUGCAGGGCUGAUGAACUUUGGAGAGAAGCAACUUAGUAUCUAUGUACCUGGAGACGAAUUCUUUAUUGCCAUGGUGCUGUUGUCUGCUGUGGCUUCGAAGGAGUUGGCCAAGAUUAUUGAAGAGGUUGUUGGGGAGGUUGCUGGUGCAGUGGUGGGCGCUUAG